CUCCACUUCUCUUUCUCCCUGUCCCGCCACCUUCACUUCACUGUCUCAGCAGCUCAGAGGAAACAUGUUCAUGAGCUCGACACGAAGCCUGUCGCAACCUCCGGUCUCCUGACGCGCCGCGGCACACACUGCGCUCCACUCCUCCGCAGAAAAUGGAGAACCAGAGCUGUCAUUACAAUGAGACCAUGCGGUUCUUCUACAAUAAUAGUGACGAUGAAUGGGCCAGUAAGCCGAACCAGUUGAUUCUGGUGCAGGUGGUGGGCUCGCUCUUCUGCUGUUUCAUCCUGUUCUCCAACUCCAUGGUCAUAGCUGCUGUCAUCACCAACAAGAAGUUCCACUACCCGUUCUACUAUCUCCUCGCCAACCUCGCCGCCUCAGACUUCCUGGCGGGCAUCGCGUACGUGUACCUCAUGUUCAACACCGGGAAGGUGUCGCGGAAUUUGACAGUCAAAGAAUACUUCUUCCGCCAGGGUCUGCUGGACGUCAGCCUCUCGGCCUCUCUGGCUAACCUGCUGGUUAUAGCUCUGGAGCGCUACAUCUCCGUCAUGGCCUUUAAGGUCCACAGCAACCUGACGAAGAGGAGGGUGACCCUGCUCAUCGUGCUCGUGUGGGGCAUCUCCAUCUUCAUGGGGGCCGUGCCGAGUCUGGGCUGGAACUGCAUCUGCAACCUGGACAGCUGCUCCAAGCUGGCGCCGAUCUUCAGCCGGAGCUACCUGAUCUUCUGGUCCAUGUCCAACCUGGUGGUGUUCCUCGUCAUGGUGGCCAUCUACAUGAGGAUCUACGGCUACGUCAAGAGGAAGACGUCGAUGCUCACGCCUCACACCAGCGGCUCCAUCAACCGCAAGAGGACGCCGAUAAAGCUAAUCAAGACGGUUAUGGUCGUGCUUGGGGCCUUUGUGAUUUGCUGGACUCCCGGCCUGGUUGUCCUGCUGCUUGACGGCAUCAACUGCGAUAGCUGCGAUGUCAUGAAACUGAAACCCUGGCUGCUGCUGCUGGCCGUACUCAACUCCGUCAUGAACCCCUGCAUCUACUCCUACAAGGACGAGGAGAUGUGGACCACCUUCAAGAACCUCCUGCGCUGCAUCGGAAACGGGACCCGGCGGCAGCGCUCCACGAAGGCCAACGCCAGGCCGCUCAGCUCCGCUCAGGACACGGGCAACAGUCAGCCGCCGUCGGAGGAGACCAAGAAUGAGGAUCAGGGAAUACUCAAGACCUGAAUAAAAUGGAACUUGAGAGGAGAUUUUCUUCUGGCCAGCGUUGGCUGGACGUACCUUUCACGAAGAUUCAGAUUGGAGAUGACUUGAAAGAGGAACUACACACUUUCUCUCCACGGUUGCCCACAGAUUAGAAAUAUACCAAUCUUGAAGAGACGCUGCAGGUUAACUGUUCUAGAUUCCGAGGCUGGGGGGUGAGAUGGAGAUAAGAGACUUAAAUGCACUAAUGAUAACUAACAAUGGAUGCAAGGAUGUGCUUUGAUUGUUUUUUUCCAGUUUUUUAUUUUUAUUUUUGAACAUGACUUCCAUUUCCAUAUAAUGAGAGAUGGCUGAUGCAUUAUCCAUCCUUUUUUGGAGGCUCCCUCCUCCUCACCCUGUGGGUUAUUUAAACAUGGAUGAUACUGUGCUCCAAUGACUGAAGAGCGAGGCCACUAUAACAGCACAUACAUUUCUACUUUUACCUCAAAAUAUGGUCAAACGAGUGAUAUGUGAUGUUCUGUAAAAAAUAAAUGGUUGUCUCUUCAACAGUUGAACAAUACUCAAAUUAACCCCUUGUUAAUAGGCGGGUACUAUAACGUUUUAGAUUUUCCUGAAUAUGGCAUGGUUUUAAUAAUUUUAUUAAAAUUUCUUUUUAAAACA